CUGUCGUGCUUCCUGCCUUUGCUGAGGGAGGGGACGGUGCUGACGGCUGGGAGGACGAAAGGAGAGACAAGAAAGCUUUAGGGAAGAUAUAAGAGAGUGGGGAACGGCCCGGGUUUCCACCGUCCGUCGGGAUAUUAACACCCCAGUUUUCUGUAGCUGCUGGAUUUGUCACCCAAUCGGCGCUAAAAAUGUCGUCCAGUCGUCAGCAUAGCGAGAGCUGGGCCAUCCCGACCAGGACGGUGUUGAUCAACGACACAACGCAGCUACCUCAUGACUAUUGUACCACCCCUGGAGGCACUUUAUUCUCGACCACUCCCGGAGGAACCCGGAUCAUCUAUGACCGUAAGUUCCUACUGGAAAAGCGUAACUCUCCCAUUGCCCAGACUCCCCCAGCCCACCUGCCUGUCAUCCCUGGAGUGACCAGCCAAAAUGUCCUGAGAGAGAACAAGAAGAACGAAGCCAACAACCACAUCAACAACCAUGAUGGCAAGCCCAAAACCGGUGAUGAUGCUCAGUUUGAGAUGGACAUCUAACAGACUGGAAUGACACCAGCAAAAGCAAAUGACCUGGCAUCACCCGUGCCAGUGGCUUGGCUUGUAGAAACCAAUGUUGUGAGCCCUCAUGGCAGCCAUCUUCUUUAGCUCUCUGUCUCGCUGCUGGAUGUAAUGUGUGUAAACCAUGGGGAUUCAGUGUAUCAUACAUACCGGUACAGUGUGGCCAAUUCUGGAAACUGGGUUUAUUUUGUAAAGAUUUCCAUGGUUACCAGUAGCUGUACAAACCACACAAACAAGGGAGCACACCUGAAUAUUAUCCACCCAGACACAUCGUCCAAUUAGCAGAUCGCAGUGCUCAUCUUACAGCUUCCUGUGAGUUCAGAUCUUUAACAGAGCACACAGUAAAACUGACAAUAUUCCAAGUUAAUUGGGGGAGGAAGUGGUCGUUCUUUAGUACUGGCCUUAGAAUCAGGCAAACGCUUUGAUAUUCAUCACACUCUCUGGUUUGAAAACCCUUGUAAGCAUGUUAUUUAAGUGAUUUUUUUCUCUUUUUUUUAUUUUGGUUUUUGGAACUACUUGAAAAGCUCCACAAUCUGUUAUCGGUUGUUUGGUCUGUUUAGUUUCCCGUGAUGGUAUGCAAAGGGACACAGUGUUUUUAUUUUGCGAUUGGGUAAAGAUUUCAUGCCAUUCCAAGACUUUGAUUUCCAGUACCAACACAAGUCUGUGUGAGUUUCCAAUUUUCAGGGGAGAACAUUUUUUUAAAAUGGACUUUAGGCCGUGAUUAAAUUGUUCCGUAACAAUAAAA